AUGUCGGGUUUUCUCCGCGGUCAUUCGUGUGCCACAGCUCUAGUCAAGUUGACAGAUGAUUGGCGUGAUGCCCUUGAUAAAAAGAAUGAUGUUGGUGUAGUGGCAAUCGACUUAUCAAAGGCAUUUGAUUCUAUAUGCCACAAUUUAUUACUGGCAAAAUUAAAAGCAUACGGCCUUCAAGACUCGGCCCUGCAAUUGAUGCGUUCAUACUUGCAAGAUCGUAAACAAAGA